AUGCGAGCUGCAGGACCAACAUAUGAAAUACAGUUUGUUAAUCCUUCCCAUACCACAGUGAAGCAAAAGAGUUUGGAAUUUCUGGAUGCGCUCCAAACCUUUUACGAUUUAAAAACAAACUUGCAGCUGAUCAUGUACUCGCUCUCACCUGCUGGUCCAACAGAGACGAAAAGAAAUAUACCAAACGUCUAG